AUGGAUGAUAACACUCACGACGAGGUCCGCAAGGACGUGGUUCUGGACAAAGUCCAGGUAUCGCACAAUGAGGAGGCAUUGCGGGAGGCGGAUCGCCAGAUAACCCCUUGGCAAUGUUUGCGUCAGAACCCAAAGAUUGCCCUUUGGACUCUCUACGCCAACAUUGGCACAACUCUGGUUGGUUAUGAGAAUCUUGCUUUGUCUGUCUGCUUGGCUAUGCCGGCGUUUCAGAAGACUAUGGCUUCUGAAGUCAACGGACAACUGAUCAUCCCGGCCUACUGGCAAUCGGCAUGGAACGGCAUGUACAAUGCCAUGAUGUUCUUUGGAUCAUUCACCGCGGGAUACGUUCAGGACUGGUGCGGUCGACGUGCCGUUCUCGCCAUGGGUAUUCUUAUUGCUUCCACCGGUAUCGCCAUCAGUUUUGUUGCACAGAACCCGGCUCAGUUCCUCGGCGGAAAGAUCGUCACCGGUUUCUCGGUCGGUCUUUUCACUACGACAACACAAACAUAUGUGUCUGAAAUUGCGCCGUUGCCAAUUCGAGGUAUUGCGCUCUCAGUCAACACUAUCAUGCUGAAUCUUGGCUUGUUGAUCGCCAUCGCCUCGAGCUUCUCUCGCACCUCCAUAAUGGACGAGUCGGCCUUCCGCGUCGUCUUUGCCGCUGCCUGGGCUUUCCCCGGAAUACUCGCCAUCGGCCUUCCCUUCCUGCCCGAGUCACCGACUUGGUUGGUUAUCAAGAACAAGCACGACAAGGCGCGGCGUGCGCUGCAAAGGCUCUCGGGUUCCCACGAAGACAUUGACGCCCGCCUGGCCCAGAUCGUCGAGAACGUCGAGGCUGAACGCCAGAUUGCGGCCGAGGGAGCGACCUUUAUCGAAUGUUUCAAGGGCACCAACUGGCGACGAACACGCAUUAUUCUCGCCUGCUUCUACAUCCCUCAAGUUGUUGGCGCUGUCCUAUCUUCCAACGCCCCUUACUUCCUCAACCAGACCGGUCUCGACAGCCACACCGUUCUCAUGCUGGUACAGAUUGGUAUCGCCAUGGGUGUCGUUUCUGCCGUAGGAAACGCCUUCCUCAUGAUGAGGUUCCGCCACCGCCCCCUCAUGUUUUCCGGCAUCACUUUCUGCGUGGCGUUGUACUUUGUCAUGGGCGUCGCCGCGGCGGUCCCCAGGACACAUGCAUCACUCCUGACCAUUGGCGUGGCUCUCAUUUUCACAUCUGUCUCCUACGGACCUGCUGUGGGUGCAUCUAUGGCUGUAGCCGGCGAGGUGUCGGCCUCCAGACUGCGUGCCAAGUCACUGGGUGUCGGUGUGGCCUUCUCCUCCUUUGUGAGCGUCAUCUGGACCAUUAUCCUGCCGUACCUCUUCAACGCCGACCAGCUCAACUUGGGUGGUCACAUUGGGUGGAUCUUCUUCGUCAUGGGAGUUCUCAUGCUACUUGUCAUUUACUUUGACAUUCCGGGAACCAAGGGCCGCACCUUUGAGGAGCUGGACAUCAUGUUCGAACUGGGCAUUUCGGCGCGGAAAUUUGAGAAGUACGAGUUCAAUGAGGGGCCGGUGGAUACCAAGUGA